CUAACCGGAAACUGGAAAAUUCCGUCCCGUGGAGCUUGACCACCGUUCUUUCUCAGGGUUCCGUGAGAGCCGUUUGCCCCACCCCACCUCUUCAACGCUAUCUAUCUCAAUGUACAAUCCAGAGAGAAAAACGGGGGCACAAAUAAUUCAGAGUAACACCGCAAAGGAACGAUUCUCAUCCCCUCCGCCGGUCCUCCGGAGCUGACCCGGCCUGUCGGCGGCCACAAACAAAACGUCUCACCGCGGGAUCAGUGACUGAAAACACCGCGGUAUGUUCAUGUAUCAUGCACAUGUAACCAUAAUCUACGGAUUCAAAGGGAAUACAACAAACUGAGGGACUUGACAGCAGUCUGUAACGUUACCUGCACCAAAACCAGGGUGGAAAUCACGGAGGAAUUUCCACCCGUAUCACCGGGAUAUCGCGUUUUAUUCAAGGACAUCAGACUGCCAAACACCAAGAGAAGCUUCCCGAUGUGAGGAGAAAUACAAAUUAACGUAACACAGAGAAAAAGGACGGAGAAGGGGCCUUUCUUUGGGUCUGGACAAACCCUCUGAAAAAAGCAAAGAGCAGCAUCUGUUGACGGGGAGAGGAAAUAAAAACUGACAUCGGUUUAAAGGAGGAUAUUAGUGAUAACGACGACAACCCCUCCUUCCUUAAAAAACGGUGUAUAAUGAGACAGAGAGAAAGCCUGGUGAUUCACAUGCCGUCAUUUUAAGAGGAGAUAUUUAUUUUUUAUUUUUCUCCACCUCUUUCUUCACGCUGGAAAGAUUGCUAACAACCCCUUGAAGAUUAACCCAAAAUAUAAAUUCAAAGGUGGAGAGGAAAGAGAGGAAAACAGGGCUUUGGUUGUGAGUGGAAAUGAAUUGAAAGGCAGGGUGAGAUAUCUGCCGAACAUGGGCUCCAGAGGAGACACUUGCUGAGAAAUAUUAGGCAUAAAAGAGUGGAAAUAUAUAGAUUUUUUAAAAAGCAGUCGUGUAGAUUGUAACACCAGGACCACUGACGGUGCUUUCACGUUCAAUGCAAAGCUGGAAAUCUCACAUCCACUCUCAUAUCAUUGAUGACUUCAUUGCGGAUUUACAGUGAAAAACCACAAGAAUCAAGCAUCUGAGAGGGCGGCAUCGGUGCUCUGAGGGAUCCCUGGUUGAUCAAUCGCCAGUAAAUAGCCACAUCCAUUUUACACAUACGUUCCCAAAGCCUGGUGGAGCCUGACAUCUUUUUUUGUACGACAGUUUCAUCUGCAUCUGGUGAUGUAAAUGACGCCCAUUUUGAGCCGGGUGUUCCUGUGCAGGGCCAGUCUAGGAAUUUUGGAUUGAUUGAUUUUUCUUCUGAUCAACACCCUCCCCUCCUUCCUCCUCCCUCCCUCCUUACACCCAGCCACCAAACAUCCACCCACCUAUAACUACCCCUGCCUGUCUGCCUGCCUGCUUGCCUGCCUCCCCCCUUGAACCUAUCAGUGGGGUUUUGGGAAAAGAUGGGCUGUCUUGGCAAUAGUAAGACGGAAGACCAACGAAAUGAGGAGAAGGCACAGAGGGAGGCCAACAAAAAGAUAGAGAAGCAGCUCCAAAAAGACAAACAGAUAUACCGGGCCACUCACCGACUACUACUAUUAGGGGCCGGUGAAUCCGGGAAAAGCACGAUAGUGAAGCAGAUGCGAAUAUUGCACGUAAAUGGCUUCAACGCAGAGGAGAAGAAACAGAAAAUUCAUGAUAUUAAAAACAACAUUAAAGAAGCUAUAGAGACGAUUGUUUCUGCCAUGUCAACGCUUACACCACCAUGCAAGUUAGCCAGUCCUGCAAACCAGUGCCGAAUCGAUUACGUCAUGAACCAAAUAAACCAGAAGGACUUUGAGUUUCCUCUGGAGUUUUACGACCAUUCAAAGACCCUCUGGCAGGACGAUGGCGUACGGGCCUGCUGGGAAAGAUCCAACGAAUAUCAACUCAUCGACUGCGCACAGUACUUCUUAGACAGGAUCGAAACCGUCCGGCAGCACGACUACACACCCUCUGAUCAGGACCUGUUGAGAUGCAGAGUACUGACGUCUGGGAUCUUCGAGACAAGAUUUCAAAUAGACAAAGUCAAUUUCCAUAUGUUUGAUGUUGGAGGUCAGAGGGAUGAACGUCGGAAAUGGAUCCAGUGUUUUAACGAUGUUACAGCUAUCAUCUUUGUGGUGGCGAGUAGCAGCUACAACAUGGUGAUCAGAGAAGACAAUCAGACCAACAGACUACAGGAAGCCCUCAACCUUUUCAAGAACAUCUGGAACAACAGGUGGCUACGGACCAUUUCGGUAAUCCUCUUCCUGAACAAACAGGACCUGCUCGCUGAGAAGGUUUUGGCAGGAAAAUCUAAAAUUGAGGACUACUUCCCGGAGUUUGCUCGCUACACUACACCAGAUGAUGCAAUACCGGAGCCAGGCGAGGAUCCCCGCGUCACAAGGGCAAAGUACUUUAUCAGAGAUGAGUUUCUGAGGAUCAGCACGGCCAGCGGGGACGGACGGCACUACUGUUACCCCCACUUCACCUGCGCAGUCGAUACAGAAAACAUCCGCCGCGUCUUCAACGACUGUCGGGACAUCAUACAGAGGAUGCACCUACGGCAGUACGAGCUCUUGUGAUGGGCAGCGUCGUCCAGCCUGCAUAUCUACCUACCAACCUACCUAUCUACGACCCCACGACCAGUUAGCCAAACUACCCCUCCACUUCAACCCACCAAACACACUGACGGAGCGCCUGCCCUUCCCUGUCUAACCGAUGAAACUCCUACAUCUCCCAGUGUCACGAUUUGAAAGAGAUCUUUCUGUUUUUUAAAGGAGACCGUUAAGAAUACAACAUCAUCGACUUUUAGCCUGGACUAACUGCUGUACUCGGCUACACUUCAACCCAGGAAAGACGGUCAGGACUGAAAUCUCUCAGUGCAGGCUUUCCCACCUUUAAGAGAUCUUUCUCUCUCAGAUUUAUGAACACAAACACACACUCCCAGGUACACACACACUACAAAAUAAGACAUUAAGAACCAUUUUCAAGGUUUUAUGUCUCAUAUCAAAGCCACACAUACACACAGAGAGACACUUUUAGAAACCAAGUCCUGCUUCAAACAGAAGGCAGAGGCUGAAUGAAAUAAUGCAUUCUGAGAGAGAGGAGUUUAUUCACCGCGUGCUGAAGAUGGAGCCGAAGGAGGAGGAGGAAACGAUGGACACGUAGGGCAGCAAACUGAAACAAAGGAGGGCUGUGAGCCUUUUUGUGCCCAAACAGACAAACCAAUUGACUAACGGCUGCUUGUGGACGUGAGCGUGACUCGAACAUUAGACCACACGGCUCACAUGACCUGCUCGUCAAGAAACCAACCGAGUAGGAACGGCAGAAACCAACUUAAAAAAAAAAGAGGAAAAAAAACGAAGAAAAAUAUCAUACAAUGCAUAAAUUCAUGCAUACCAGUGAACUUCAUGCAGUGCAAAAAAAUCCAAGCUAUAUAUAUAGAUAUUUAUAUAUGUGUGUAUAUAAAUAUGUAUAUAUAUAUAUAAAUAUAAAUAUUAUAUAUUCCUGUAAUAACACAAUUCAACUUUUAAGUUUUUGUUAGUUUUUACCCCAUGUUGUGUGUUGGUGUACACUGUGUGCGAUCUGCCUUUGUGCACCAUUUAAACCCUCCUAUCUACAAACACAAACACACGCACAUAUCUAUACACUCACACACACACACACACACACACACACACACACACACACACACUCACACCCACGCAUACAUUCUUGCCCCCCGCCCCUGCUGCUAUUUGAAAACUAUUCAACAUAUGAAAAUUAAAGGAGAGGUUUUAUUUAAUGAGGAAAAAAUACACAAAAGGAAAGCAUGAAGUGAAAGAAAUGACAUAAUCAAGACUGGACGCAACUUUUUUUUACCUGGGAACACACACACUCACACACACAUGCACACACACACACAAGCUCAAGCCCUAAUCUGUCCCCAACGUCCUUCCCAUCCAUAUCUUUCGUCUUACUCUCACCUCUCCCAGUCCCACGGUCCUCCCCUCCUCCCGGCUUUAAGUACGUCUGUCUUUAUUUUACUGCUGGACUAUUAUUCUUGUACAGACUGUAAAAUGUAUUAUUUUGUACAACUUUAUUGAAGAAAAAAAAUAACUUGUAGAAGAUCCCUGUGCCUUGAUCACGACUGUACGUGUAAAAAUGAGCUAAUAUGUAAGUUAUGUUUCACUGCGCUGUACAGCUGGACGGGUCUGUCCCACCUCGUCCGUGCUAGCUCGCCCCCCCCACGCUGGAGGCUUCGGGGGGAGGGCAUCGGAUCGGGGCGGGGGCCUUUCGUCUGUUGCUUAGUUCCCGCCCCACCCCACAUUUGUUUGUUCAUUGAUUCAUUUGUUUUGCUUUGACUCUCCUCUUGUUUAUAUAACAGGAUUUGGAAAAAAUGAAGAAAAAAAAGAUAAUCAGACACACCACCUUAAUGCUGUGUAGUAAAAGAUACUGAACCCUAACACAAUUUAAUAUAUAUAAAAUAUAUUUCAGAUUUUAUAUUUUAUAUAUAUGUACUGUACACUUAUAUCUAUGUCCCUUUGUGAGCUGUCUCCCAGGUUUCCUUUGCUUUCUGUCAGUAACAUCAGCGUACAUUUCAGAAAGGUGGUGAUUCUGGGAUUGAUGGGAUGGGUAUUCAUUUCUUUCUUUUUUAUUUUUAGCUUUAACUCUUUUUGAAGGAGAGGGAAAUAUCCAGUUGCAAAACAUUGCUUGUUUCUACAUAAACCAAAUUCUUUUUGCUUAAAGAAGAAGAAACAGUU